AUGCGAUUAAACUUGCGUGUAAGAAUCACGGGCUUGUCCAAAGCCAAAAUUUACUCCGGUCAGGUAAUCAUUUUUAACUUAUUUAAUACUAAUAUUAAAUACUAAUAUUCGAUUAAAUAUUAAUAUCAAGACUUCCGAGCUGUAGCUCUGAUGGGGAGUAGGAUAAAAAAUUGUCUUGUUUUCCUAACGACUUGUAGUUCCGUUGGCAAGAACCAUAGAAUUAAGUAGAGCUCUGUGCGAAUCUAACUAACAAUGCUGAAGGCCUUCAGUUAGAGAAGACCAUCUUUUCUCCAACCUACUUCACUUUGUUUUGCUAAAGAACGAGUGCAUGUGAGCCUCUGAGCACCCUAUUCGUAACGUAGCAUGCGGAGCAGCAAAAAAGGUCAAUCAAGCCCCAUUAGAAUGCAUGUAUUAAUGUUGGGUGGAAAUUUUAGUCUUUCAGUGCUUAAACUCGUUCAUAUUCACGCGAUUUCCAAGCUUCAUUUUGAGGCUUUUGAUAAGUGGUUACACUGCGCGACUUCACGGAGAGCAUUCCGUGGUCUGACCAGACCACAUUCAAAAACAAUAGUAAUUAAUAUUAUUACAGAAGGUUGCGUCUGCACGUCCUGCCUCUCCUGCUGAACAAGAUGUUGCAUAGUGGGCGGCCGCUAAACCUAGUUUCGGGAACAUUUCCAAAAGUUCCCAAAGACCGGGUUUCAAUCCAACCAGUUUACGAUUACGAAUGCUCAUAAAAGGUCUCCACACACUUGCCUUUAAUUUGACGAGAAUAAAAAGUUUAUUGGGUGGAUUGCAUAAGCCAACAAAUUUCACCCCCCCCCCACCCCAGCCGUGUCAGGGACUCUUGUUGAAAUUUAUUCGAGGCGCUGUACCUUGUAUUGUUUAGGACCUCCAGGCAUGUGUGGUGUUCUUCAAAUGCUGCCUCAUAAGCGUAUCGAGGCCCCUAAGUAGAUACCUGGAUUAAAAUCUGCAAAGCUAUGCAUUACAGACAUUACGCCCUUUUUGCCUUUAAACAAUGAGUGGACAGUCGUAGGAUUUCCCCGUCGACACGUCAGUAGCAGUUUGUUUACAGUUCACUUUCGCUGGAGAUUAAAUCAUAUGCUUUCUUAGACAAAAUGAAUUCUUGUUUGUUGUCUUUAGUGACCUUUAAAAUAUUUUGCUUAAUUCUUUGCCAAACAGGGCUUUACUCGGUCCUGUGUUGCACUUGUAACGGCUAGCACCAGUGAUGGUUUAGUCGCAGCCGGAGCCCACGUUUCCCGGACCAGCAAGACUCGUGUUAUGCAACCGUUGGUAGGCCCUCGUAUUCCUUAACGCCGAAGACAGAUGAAUCCAAUAUCCUCUCUAAGUCGAACUUGAGCACGUGUCCACUUUUUGUUUAACCAUCACGCGGCGAUGCGAGCUUGGGCAGGGAUUUGGAGAGAAGACGUCGGAGUUUAACUUCCCUUCGGGUCAGAAGAGUGCGCAGACGAACCGUUUAGGACGUCAACACUUUAUCCCAACAUCGCCAGAUGUCUCUCCAGGCGGUGGAGUACUGCACUUUAGACAUGUUCCAUAGGCUGAAAUCUUGGCACUCCCUGCUGGUAGUAGUUGUCCUGCACCAUAGUCUUUCGCGUACCCGCAGCAUUUGCAAGCGACAUAUCUUAAGCAUCAAGCUGGACUACUCUGCCGAAAGCCUUGAGAGCUUUCUUGUAAACCUGGCGGCGACUACAGGCCCUUGCAGAGUCAGCAGAGUGACUCAUUUUCGCAUUUUAUGAGGUGGUGUAUCUCCUCCUCACAUUAUCUAAUCCAUCGUAGAGAGGACUCGGAAUAGACAAAGCAUUUUACUAUUUCAAGCAUCAUAUCACCCAGGAAAAAGGUGGGGGGGAGGCGUUAUCUGCGUCGUAAAGCCAUUAAGGUCUCCUUUAAUCUUGUUAGCGGCAUAAUUUGCGGGAUUCGACGACCAUACACUCAAGGACAAAUUUUAUUUCCUCUAAGUGAUGAACUGUCGUCUGCAAGACUUGUCUUACCUGGACCCACUCGUUUCUCCACCCCUUUCUGGAGGACAUUUCAGUUGACGGUGUCAGACGUUGCGUCAAAGUAAAGGGGACCGUCGGUUAUCAUCUGUUAAAAACAGGGGCGUUGCUCCUCAAUCCGUUGCUGGUCGAGUAAUUGCUUGUCAGGACGAAAACCACCCUUUUUUCCCCUUACCCUAACGUCCAUAAUGAAAUGAGAACGGCUAAAGAAGAUACCCAAGAAAAUUUUUAUGACGGAGUCCACUAAACCGAUACCUCUAUAGUUUUAACUUUGGCAGAUCAACACGCUUUAGUCUUGUUGGCAGUUUCGUUUUUCCACGCUUAUCGAGCUAUCUUAUCUGGCCACCCAGGAAAAAACACCAGAGCAGCUUUUACCGGCUUCACCCGGACUUUCAUCUUCGUCCGCCUCUUUACCGUUUCAAAAACGCCUGAUUGCCACUCCAAUUUCGACAGCAAAGGUCGGAUUGCGGUAACAGUCAUUGGGGGCCUUUCAGGACAACUGCGUUAGAAGUCAUGUCUGGCGUACCUAGAGGUAGAGGGCUGAGCAAGUCGUAAUAUCUCUUUCGCCAUCGCAGCAGUUACAAAUCCACUGACGUGUUAGGGAAGUCUGUCUUCGUUUUGGUGGCUUCAAUGACCACUGGAUUUCCUCUCAAAUAAUGCCAAAGAAGCUAAUAAAGCUUUUCUCUGACAUUGACAGUUGAGACUCUUCCCAUUUCUUGUGUCGUGUUCUGUCAGGAUCGGUUUCAGUGGGCUGUCACGGACCUGUAAGACGGGGUGUUCUAAAGACCAGAUUCCUGACGAUUUGAUUUGGCGUGAAUCCUCUAUCGGUUGGUACUGGUUGAUAUCCAAUCUUCGGCUUGCGUCUGCUGCGGUCUGGGUGCGUGUGCGAGUCCAUCCUUUAUUCACAGGAGCUGGAGCAGGAGCUGGCCUCAGUACAUAGUCUUCCUUACUUGGCAGAGGUUAUCUGGUACUAAAUACCACUCCUCUAUCUACUAGAAAGAACGCAUAGUCCGACUAGGAUGGCGACUGACUACUUGUAUUCUGGUGUGCAAUCUGACCUCGAAGUUUUAUUUUCUUGUCGUCGGCACUUUGACUUGUCCAAUUAGCCACUGUUACUCACGGCUCACAGGUUUAUUUUUCGCACUCUUCCUACUUAAUUUAGUAUUGAUCCACACACGUUAGGGAGACCUGACUGCGCGGGCAUACUAGUUUCUGGUGGACGCCUGUUACCUGGUAGUCGGACUUGUGCGUUUAUGUUACAUUUGUAUGAGGCGGUGGUCGUGCGAGUCCUGCCUACUGCGGCUGCCAGCCACAAGCAGAAGUCCAAGCACGAUUGGGCUGCCGAUGCCCCUGAGAUGCCGCGAACGCCGACGUGCAACCACUGGUACACCCGUCAGUACACAACACCUAGAUGAAAUCGUUAUAGCUGUUUUGCUUACUGCCACAUGCAAAGAAUGCCACGCAAUGGGAAUUAGCGCGAACCACACCGCUUCUCACUGCGCACAAUGUCGGGCUUGAGCUGUUGGCGGCGUAGUGUGCCAAUGUUGUACUUCACUUAAAGUUGACCGAAGUCAGUUACUCCCAAACAGCCAGAUUCCUGGUCACCUGCUGUUCGAGGCCUCUGUUUGUAAACCCAACGUCCAAUGAGCCCUGUGGAACUUGAGAGAGAUAGGUGCGCCAGCACCCUUGUUUGAAGCAAAAGCAGCAGUGGUCUCUAAUCUCGGGCAGGUGAGACCGCGCCAUAAAGGCGAAGCUAUAAAGAGCCAAGGCAGCCUGAAAGUCGGUCCGGGUAAGGCCGUGUUACCCCAUUGGUUGGUUACUCCCCAGCUCAUGACUGUUAGCGCGCUGUGAUAAUUUAGAAGCGCGCUUUUUAAAUAUUGAGUUGAACGCGCGAUCCAAACUCGAUUGGUCAUACUCUUUCUUGGCGGGUUGUCCAGGUCAAACCAUCCUCGUCUGCUAGUCGACUAUUGCAACAGAAGUGACAGAAGUGUGUAUUACAUUGGUUUAUUUGUCCUUUCUUUACCAAGGCAACAGAAGCUGUAGUGUACUGCUAUGUGCCUGGACAAAGUGCUGUCCAUCCUGAAUCAGAGAUUGCUUUGAAUUGUCGCGCCGAAGUCCUCAAAGAGGGGCGACGAGUUUGCGCCAGAUGGCCACCCGACCUCCUUCCACGUGUUCUCCUCACCGUUACGGCUUGUCACGCGGACUUUUUCCUCGCUCGAGCGCUGGACAAUCGGGCUCCUUCUUUCAUAGUCUGCGUCCCCUCAGAACGCAUAGCUGUUGGUGACCAAGUGGAGAUGCUGAAUGUUUGGCGGGCGGGUCCCUCACGAGUUGAUCGCUUUGGCGAGCUGCUGGUCCCUACCAUCUUAUCGACGAUUCUCCGACGAAACGUCAGGAGCGGAGCAGACGAUGACCUGUCUGGAAAUGCGCUUCUAGAACUACCCAUGUUGCAUACGCGGCUGUGGAGUUUCAGCUGGAGAGAUAGAGCCUGGUUCAUUGACCUUCAACUUCUUCUCAGAGAGGUCAGUGUACCUGAUUGUGGAUCUUGGCCAUUUGAUUUGCAAUCAAUACUCCUGUGAAGAAGAAGAUUAAUUAUUGCGUUUUUAGAGAGGAUAUCAGUUUUAUAUGACUCUGAGUGGAGUACGGGGUAGCAAAUUACGACGUUACCCACCCCGGGCAGUCCCUGCGAAAUUUGGUUCUCUCGAUCUUAUUGAGUAAUCUCCCAGGUUUUUUGCGAUUUUUUUGCUCAGGUGACACCACGCCAACUGCAUUUUCCUCGGCCACCCAAAUUCUCUUCAGUCAAGCACUUUUUGGCAAGCUGUAUUCGUUUAGUCGUUCUUGAAGGACCCUAUUACCGACAGUCAUACCUCCCAUUUCAUGCAUUUCUGACCUAAUUAGCGAAAGUUGCUUUGAGAUGGACGUCCUCUCCGCUCUUUUUUUAGUGGAGACGCCCAUGUUUUGCUUCAUUUAAUGCUUUCAUAUUUGCGCACGUUACGUCAAGUUAGGCGACAUGUCUGCGCUCUUGCUUGGUUCCUCAGCCUCCCUGUUGUAGGUUAACCGCGUUCCGACUGGUCGCAUUUCAUCGUAAGGUAGAACCAGCUUUGAUAUUAGCCAUGCAGGCUAUGAGCUGCGUUCAAGGUCGACGCUACUUACAUCCAUCUCGACGAUGUCGCUGGCCAAAACCAGGUUCAGCCGAGCUGGCAUGUCGGGCGAUAUCGCCUUCAAGUUGGCGCAGUGCACAACCGAAGUAUCUUAGUAAGGGGACGGAAAAUUCGCAGUUGAAGGACGUUUUAGCUGGUUUUUGGAGAGCCGAUCGGUAAAACGAAUUCAGAGAACAUAACUCGAGUGCUAUCGAUGUCUUCUGCGCUGGGAGGGGGCCAUUCUUUCCAAAAUAGUGGACAAACCAAUCUUUUCUUUUGCAAAUUCCCUGGCUUGAUACCUUACCUGACCUCUGACCGUGCCUUAAGUCGCUGUUAUGCAAAGGCCCUUGAGGCGGAGUCCUUCCGUGUGUUGAAAUGAACAAGCAGUGUGUUCUUGUGAACUAAAUUCAAAGUAAGAUUGGGUUGCAGCAUACCAUAUUAGCAGCAUAGGUACUAGCUAAAAGCCCAGACACGUGCUUCGCCGAUAUUAUGCAGCUGCGAGGGGCACGGCUCCUCAGUGGGUUACCCAGCAUUCCCCGUGUGCUUUCGUGUACAGUUUAGAAAUUGUAACUGCUAGUUUGGAGUAGAUAAGUUUAACCUAAGGUCUAUAGGCGUAGACCGAAAUGUGAUGUGUGAAUACUUGGGCUGAUGUCCAUCGGCCACAACGCGAUAACCGCGUAAUAUUUAUUAACUGCCGAUAAGCAACCAGCAGGGUGCAUUGGGUUGCAGCAGGCCAUACUAACAGCACAGGUACUAGCUAAAAGCCCAGACACGUGUUCUGCCGAUACUCUGUCGCUACAUGACGCAUCAUUUAAUAUCUGAGGAAAUUAAAAAGCAUCAAAAUAGGCUGUCGAACUACUGCAUAUGCUGAGGCGUAGGCGGUCCCUGUAAAGUAAGAUCCGGAAGCACUAUAAAUAAUGCCCUUCUUCACUCGAGAUCCCACGAAAUCAGCCUUUUAAAGGGUGUUUUCGAGGACAGUUUUGCCACGUUCUAGUGCCAAUGGUAACCCUUAUGGUAGGCUAUUGCGAACAGGAUAGUCACCUCACUCCGUAACCCUCGCAAGCUCGGCCAAUCACUUCAACGGUAUUGAAGGAGCGAUGCCUAAGUGCGUCAGUGAACGGCGCAAAGUGUAUCUGCGCUCUGUCAUGUCUAGUAGCCGCGUGAGAGUGGCAGGUAUCACUGAUCUGUCCCGAUUGCGUGAAGAAAAUGGACAUUUCGAUUUUGCCUUACGCAGUUGGAAGAGUUUGCCGACAACGAGAGGAAUACCUGAGCGCCACUCACUGAUGACGGCAAGUAAGUCAAUGUGACCAGUUUAGUGUCCACCUUUGCUGAUAACACCUUCGUUGCGCACGCCUGCACCGACCGUUUGCUCACAGCCUAAAGCGAAACGGAAACGCUCACCCCCACCUCAUAGUUGAGAUGGAUUUCGAGGAUGAUACUCCCAGGUGACAGCCUAUCCCCCACCUCAGCCAACGCAACCCGAGUUCACAGCUCGGAGGUGUGGGCGUUCCUAGACCAUCAACGCCACCGGCUUCAAGCCGCGCACAGCCUGCGUAUCGCUGGCUGUUGUCGGAUAACAGACCCUAAAUGGAUGGUCAAAUAAAGAACAUCAACAGCUCGAUCCCCGCGCACUUGGUGGACACAGACCACCGUGUAGACGCCAGAGAGGCCUUCAGAGUUAUUUACAAGGUCCCAUCACGCUAUUUAGAACUACUUGGGCAGCGCUUGUUUGCUACGGCAGAGGCGGCUGCAAUCAGGCCACGCGGACCGGUCCUAUGCGCACAGAAAAACUUCAUACAGGUCCCACAGUUGCCAUGGGCCAAAGCCAGCAAGCCGGCCACCCGCAUGUAAUUACCUUUGCCGGAACUCAACUUCCCCCUGGAGCUGACUGGAAUUGUGGUGUUUCACUCUCCCCCUCCCCAAACCCGAGCUACAGCUUAAUUAUCUACUUGCGCGUAUCUUUUUCAUUACUUCAAUAGCCAUAUAAAUGUACAGGCCCGAAGAGAAUUUACCGAAAGCAGACGUAUGCUCACCAAAUUGCCUUUUGAAACCGCAAAUGGCCAUUCCAAUGUCCGUCUUUUCCGUACAGAUUUUAGGACUGGAUCAGCGAAUUCGGCUGUCUGUAUCCGGAAACUCGAGUGAUGAGUGUUCGAAUUAUAAGUUGUACAUGUCACGCUUGCCGCCCCACAUUGGUGUCUGUGCAAGCCAUCGGCCUCUGUUCAGCCCAUAGGCAUUGUCACUCCCCGUCUCCGCCCGCAGCAAUAGUUGGUUGACCGAACUGUUAUCCUUUUCGAUUUCUGGUAGUCCAAAUCUCUACUUGGUAUCUCAGACCACAAAUGCGCCUCCUUGACUGAGGACGGAAGUGGGUACCCCCGUACUGCAGGUGGCUUACGAUAAAUUCCAGUCUGUGCCUCUUCCCGUGUUUUGACUUUAACCCCAGCACUCUUAUCCCCAGCCCCCCUCUCCUGGAAUUUAGCUCAUGCCCACCGGUCAUACAGGGGGUACCCAUUGCCAUGUCCUUCCGCCUCUUUAUGUUUAAGAGAUACACCCUUGCCCCCUCUGACGUACACAAUUACUCUACCCAGACAGUAUUAACACCGAUAGUUCGACCGUCGAUUUCGACGAUGUCCACCGUUUGCUAGACACCAAUGUGCGGCAGGCACGGCGACUUGCGAAGCAUCUAUCGCACUCUCUCCUCCCCACCUGGACCCGAUGUCAAGACAGAGUCAAGAAGACCGGAGGCGGGGGGGGGCGUAGGUGGAUGGCAUGGUCUAGCCUGCACCUUGGUGUUGUACUCCGCACCCCAUUGUCCACACAGCAAAUGACUAGGUUUUUGACCAGCAACAGCAACAACAACAACACCCCGACAGGAGGUCAGAGCCCGUAUCAACAGUACAUGCGCCAAGCGGAGGUCCUCGCGUUUGUCGGCUGACCGGUCGGGGAACUAGCAGUUGUCGAUCCGCGCGUUGUACCAAUUUUCAAGUACGACACGCGAUAAUGUGCACUCGGACCCCGCACCAACUAUCAGCACCGGCGAUGAGGGUGCAGUGAUUAACCACUUAGACGUGUCCUCGAUGAAACUUCAGCGAUCUCUGAGUAGCUCGUUGCGGCCACAUAGAGGAGCUCCCGUUCCGGUCUUCUCGUGGUUGCACUUUGUAAUGAGUUUAAUGCUUUUGUACUGCUCCACUGGAUGUUGCUUCCGCAUCUGCGACAGCCAGUGCACAUAAGUGAUACUUAUAUGCAAUAUUUACUCUCCCCUGUCUUCCCUUCAGCGAAUGAAGGACUGCAAAGCUGCCACUGAGGUAGCAGUGGCGGUCGCUAGGACACUUUGCAAACAAACGGACGAAGGAGCCAAUGAGAGUCCCUUCAGGCGAAUGCAGUACGCCGUGGAGUUCGUGCACUUUACCGGACAGCUGGCAAACGAGCAUGACAGAGUCGAAUUAGCGUCCCACCGAGUCCUCCUUCCGGACGACUUCUCAGCCCCCGGGACUCCGGGACAUCCGUCAGCCUGGCGAGAGACAUGGUCAGUUUUGGUAUUAUUGUUACGCUCGAAAUACGCUGAAACCUUCAUGCUCAUCAGUGGCACACCUACGUCCGUGUGCGCCAGUAUGUUGCUCGCCACUCGUGUAUGUACUCCCAACCGGGCCACGUGUUAGAUGCGCUGGAUCAGCACGGAGACCACAUCGGAUUCUGCCAGGCGUUAUCUGUGCGCAAUAGCAAAUACCAACAUGUAGGGGGUACGCUGGCAGUCCCUGUUGUCGACAGCCGUCGCACAACUGGGAUCACUCCCACGCCCUCCAUUGUUGUGGCAGUAAAAAUCCUGGUGUGUGGACCAGGGGAUGCGGAGUGGAGCUCCAAGGCGAGGAUCCGUCCGAGCCACCCACCUGCGGCCUCCCUCGUCUCUGGUCCUCUUGACUCUAUCUUGACACCGGCCUCAGGCGGGGGAGGAGGCGAGAGUGUGGAUAGAUGCAGCCCAUGUCUACUGGCACUAUAAACCCCCGCGCAAGUCACCGUCCCUGCUCCCACCUCUGCUGUGGGGCAUACGGUGGACAUAAUCGAAAUCGAUGGUCUAACUAUCGAUGUACUCCCAGUCGCAGCUAUUGAGGUCUGCCCAACCCAUGAUGUAAGCAGUGAACACCAGCUGUUCCGUUAUGUAUUAAUAAAUACCCGAUCACCAGCGCCAGAGCAUGCAUGUCAUGUGACGAGGCAGUGGGAGCAACAGCCACCUCAUCACUCUGAUGAUGGAAACGAAGAGGUUUUCGAGACGCCAGUACAAAUACAACUCGGCCCAAGAACUCACUUCUACUUCAUCCCCGGCGACUGAUGAACGCAACCGACGGGACGACGUGCCCGUGGAUCGAUAAUUGGGUGGUAUGCAGGUCUAUUGCUCGAUUGAUUGUACCAGUUGGUCGUUUGAGAAAUUUAACAGACUGUAUUUCGUAAACUCUCGACCCUGGUUCGAAAGUCGCCGCCUACCUAUGAGAACUUCUCCCAACAUCUGGUAAGAAUAGGCGUCUAACUCCCAUUCUCUUAUUCACUAAGUCAUCUCGGAGUGCACACUACGUCGAUUGCUCAAUCCAUUUUUGGGUGUCGAACUUGAGAUAGGUGAUUUUAUUAAAAUGAAGCUUUAGUCAGCGAAUCCAAUGAAUGGGCUCUCUUGAGAACAACUUUUCUCAGAACUUUCCGCAACAGUCGGCAAGCAGCCACGCAUUUCAUCAGUCCCCAUUUUCAGGCCUUUCUUGCCUUUCAGUUUAGAUUAAUUUAAGUUUUGUCAAAACCAAAAGUUACAUUUCAGACAAGUACGACAACAGGCAUCAAACUGCCCCCACGCACAAGUAUGAGCACUGACUCCUGGCUGAGAUUCAGAACGUUGAAACUUUUGUCCGGUAAACGAUACUCAUGGCCUUGGUUCAAAGAGUCGAGAAGCGAUCGGUAUCAUUCCGGUUUCAUCAUGUACCGAGGAGUGGUUCGGUCGCGAUGCCUCUGUCAGCUUCUCCUACCCACGAGCGGAAUUAGCUUACUGGCAUUAAUGCAACGCCACGUCAACCUCUUACCGUUGGCCAGAUACCGCUCGCCAGCGCCUUGGCUCAGAGAGUCGAGAAGCGAUCGGUAUCAUUCCGGUUCUCACGUUGAACCAAAUGCUGUCAGCAUCGCUCGCAUGUUCCCGUAUGACGGAAUUCUCAGGCUGGCGACAGCUGCUCGUGUUCUUCCACCUUACCGUUGCCCAGAGAGGCCUUCCGAGUGACUUACAGGGUUCCGCCCUGCUGUCCAAAGCUACUUUGGCAGCGUCUGUUGGCUACAGCAGAGGCGGAUGUAAUCAGGUUAUGUAAACAUGUCCUGUUGGUAGAGAAGAACUUCAUACAGAUCCCACAGUUGUCAUGGGCCGAAGCCACCAAGCCAGCCACCCGCAUAUAAUUACCCACUGUCUCCCUGACGUUGACCGCAAUUUGUGUUUCACUCCCCCCCCCAAAUCCGAGUUACAGCACAGUUACCUGUUUGCCCACAUCUUUUUAUUCAUUAUUUCAAUAGCAAUAUCAAUGUACAGGCCUGAAGGGAAUUUAUCGAAAGCAGACUUAUGUCUGCCAAAUUGUCCUUUGAAUUUUUAAAUGGGAAUCUUUGCAAUUCUAGAAAACAACUCGCCAACAAAAAUAGUCGUCGUAAUAAAGUUGUAGCCAAAACGGGGAAUCUCCCUCCACCCGUAUACAUGAACGCCAGUUAGCGGUGAACAAACGAGACAUCUUAUCCCAGGUAGCUGUGCACACACUUGACACAGGACACAUCCGCCUGGGUGAAAACCAGCAUAGUCCAGGAUGUGUCCAGGUCUGCAAAAUAAAUGGCAAUAGUCCAAUCAGACAAAACCAAAUAUUUGGCGAACCCUUCUUUACACUAAAAACUGGUUCGAACUGUUUAAAGGGUGCCUAAGGAAUCACCAAAUUCAAGUCGCUCACAAGCUGACAACUACAUUACGCACUCGGCUUGUAUACCCUAAGGGUAGGGUGGACUAUUUGGGCAAGAAGUCGCCUACAAGAUCACUUGUGAUGCAUGUAAUACCGUUUACUGUGGUCAGACUGGAAAGUCCGCCUCUAUCCAUUCACGAACAUCAUUUGUCAGUAAAGAGGCGAGACCACGUGUCCCAAGCCACCAUGCACAUCCUGGACCCCGGGCACAGCGCUGGGGACGGAACUUAUUGUCGGUGUCCACCCCUUCAAGAACCGCCAAAAGUUCCUCGAGGCCAUGCGCCCGUGUGAAUCGUACAUCAACCGACAUGUAAGGUUGCAUGCCGCGUACAAGAGUUUCAAUGAGGAACGGAAGAGACGAGAGCCGAUCGGAAUAGAAUGACACACACGGCGGCCGCUCACCGACGCAAACACCAAGUCAUUGUCAAUUUUAAAGUGCACGUAAGAUGUUAACUGGUUUUGGCGCAUUUGCUCCCCGUCAGCAUCUGACGAGCACCCAGGGAACCAGCGUCGGGAAUUUGCGAAAUAAAGCUCCUUUCCCGUCAUCAUUCCCGGAGGAAACGAGUUUAUAGACCGAAGUGUAUUUGACUUGGCGUAUCGGAACCUUCCUCGUUCCUGUGAUCAGAACAGUGCGGUGUUCGUUCCUGUUGCCCACGACGUGUUCAGCCUAGUUCCCUGUCUCUUAUUACGUUAGUGCUCGAUGCACGAAUUUUGACUUACCCGUUUGCUGAUGACUAGCUUUGACCUCUGCACUGGCUGGCGUGACCCUUGUCCCCUCAUCGGCCGUAGCAGUAGUAGCCAAUUCGGCGAGCUUCUUGGGUUCCCCUUUCGACAGCCGACGGACUGAUCAGUCGUUAGGUUAUUACCGACAAAGACAAGGGAGUCUGAUAAUGGCUAUUUCUGGCUUCUUAGCCGUCGUCAGCCAGUCAUACCCAACCUCGAAGUGUGGAAUACCCGAGUCUCGAACUCGCGACCUGUUAGAAGUCCACGCCUCUAACCACUGGGCCACGAGCCCGUUGCCCUGUCGGUUUCGAUCGGGAAUAUACAAUGUUAGGGGGGGGGGGGCGCUCACCGAUCGUUCUGACGGAACUCACUCGUUCCGUUGUGUUUUACGGGCUCUCUCUCUCUGCCCAUAUCAUGCGCCGCUCUGCGACUGCUGGUUGGACUCGAGAGAGAACCCGUAAGGCACAACGGAACGAGUGAGUUCGUAAGAACGAGUGGUGAGCGCCCCCUACCAUUUAUCAGUCGUUGCCGCCCGUGCGAGUUGACUUCGGCCCUGCGGACGCGUCGGUGCGGCAGCGUUUUACCCUGGGCACGUGAUCUCGUACCGGCCCCUCCACUAUUUCCUGUGAGCAUUGGAUGUCGUCUCCACCUGACUUUUCCAACUCUCUUAUCUGAUAUUCGGGGGGAUUCAUCUUACACCUAUUAUGCUUAACAAUCUUGGGUUAAUCGACUUAGAAUACCUUGCGAAUCUGUACCACCUUUAACUUUGCCCAUUAAGCUGUGUGUGAUUGCAGUUGCAAAUAUUUCGGUCUCACGUAGGCCAGUUAACAGUUAGCACACUUGCAUAUACCUCAGAAGGGCUUUUAGGGACGUAAGAUAGGUGCCUCGUUAGUUAAUUAAAGAAAGCCUUUUGGAUAGUGAGUAUUCCGUCGAGUCGAAACCAGCCUUCGGAGUUCUCAUUUGGGUAGGACUGACUUAUAUGGCCCUCCUAACGCCCCGCCAAAGUUAUAAAGGUAGACCCGACACAAUUCCGGUGAGGGCAAAAUAUCUCCGUGGCCGUUGCGCCAAUCUUGACCCUAACCCUACUCUAUACCUUAUCUCUGCAGUUUACACUAUCCCCUACAAACGCAGUUGCGUAAGGGCGCUAUACCGGCGCGUUGGACGCACUGCAGUGAAAUGGAAGACAAGGUUGCUGAAGUACAAUAUCUUCGAGGGGUGAUGGGAGCCAAUGGUUACCCGCGCAACUUUGUCAACCGUUGCAUACGAAAAGGACACCAGAGACCAAAUCCAACCGGCCCCAAAUUUUGGCGGGCUCUUCCGUGCGUGAAGGACGUCUCGGAAGUCGUCAGUCGUCUUCUCACUCCACUUGGAGUUGGGGUUGUACACAGGCCGGAAGCAACCAUUAGGCGCCAAAUCAUGAAGCCGAAAGACCCACUGCCACAGCAGGCAACGUUUGGAGUCGUUUACCGGAUCUGGUGCAGUUACGAACAAAGCAGCUGCGUCGGAGAAACUGAGAGAUUACUCCGUAAGCGAAUUGCCGAGCACGCAACAGCAGUGAGGCGGGGAGACGCUAGCUGUCAGGUGGCGGCACACUCGACGGGACCCGGCCAUAUUUUCGAAUUGCAAGAGGCCGAAAUCCUUGCAAGGGGUGACAACCGCGUGAGUCACGAGCUGCUCGAGUCUUGGCUUUCAGGCCCGCAAUCCCUCAACAAGCACAAUGACCUCCCGGUACCAUAUUCCAUGCUGAGAUUUUCCCUGGGCAGGGAAUCAGUCAUGUGGGGAGGGCGCGGGCGAGCAAUUAUCCCAGUGACAGUGAGGCAAUUUACCGAGCAAUCGUCACGCCAGCAUCCAGCACGGAUGACGAAAUCACGACAAUUAACGACUCGGUCUCGGACUGACAAGCCACCACCACAUCAAUUACGACCCCAGCGGUGAUUGCCAGAGCUAUUAAUUACAGUGCGCAUAUGGUCUCACGUCAGCCACGUGCUAUAAAUACUGCACUCCUUGUGCCACCAUCACUUUUAUCUGGGACUGUCUCUGAUGAUGGAUUCGAGUGAGAAUCCGAAACGUCAGGCCAGUAAACUUCUUAUUCCAGUGAUCGCAUCUUCGUCUUCUGAACUAUCCCCUAUCUUAACCCUAAACUUGGUCCUGACUAACCUUACCACUACCUUUACACCUGGACUUAAACCAAAUCCUUAGGCUAACCCUUACCCCAACCUUAAACCUGACCCUAACUUCACUGGAAUUCGGCUCCAACCUACGCGUAGUGCAGGUGGUUCCUACUCCUAUGACCUGUUUAGGGGACCACAUAAAUCAGUCCUAUCUUCAUCUGCUGUGAUCAGCAGAGUCUGUGCUACGUUGCUGCUGCUGCUCGUAUUUCUUACAUUUUCCUCAGGUUCGACCUGUCAGUUGGGACUGUUGACAAUCAUCAUGUUCAUCGCUGCUAAUGGUUACCUGUGCCUUUUACAGCCUCUGGCCACUGGACGUUUCUGAAAAGGGAGACCAAGCGAAGUGGAACGGCGAGCUUGAUCAGCCUACUACUAUUCAUCUCCUCGAACCAGUAGGUGCCCGGCCGACAGAUAGGUUCGUCUUGCUUGGGCGACUGGGCUGGCAUCCGAAGCAUAACGUCUUUACAGUUGCCUGCCUGGAUGAUGAUGAAUCUGUCGAUGCACUGCCCCUCUUUUUCGAAUCGGCCGCAGUGGACUCUGUCAGCGAGGAUGAAGACUGGUGUCCCGGUCGAAGUCUGGUCAUCUGCACGGGGCCGCGUCUGGUCACUGCCAAGGGGGUCCAGCCGGUUUACCUUUUUGGCCAAAAGUGAGAUGCAUCCCUCCCUGCGUUUUGUUCGCCUCUUCCGUCGUCAUUUUGGGUGUCUGCUUUUGUCGAGGUGCCGGCGAGCAGGUCGACUUCGCGGUUGAUUAAGUUUCGGCUGCCGAUUGUCAGAUCCAUGUUAAGUUUCGGCUGCUCCAGAUUAACCGUGCCCGAUCUAAGCUAACUUGGCGAUUGUUGUAACUUGCGUAUGGAAAAGUGUUGGCGUAUGUCCUUACGCUUUGCCUUCAUUUUGUGUUCGUGCAUCGGUGUCACUUACCUUUUGCCGGUCCUGACGCUAUGAGUUGUUAGGCAGUAACGAUACAGUAGGUGGGCUAACUCAUGAAAUGUCAACCGAAAUUCCAGAAUGCGCUUUCGUUUCGAAAAGAUUAAUUAGAUAGGGUUGUAAUACCAAUCAUCAUGCAGCAUAAUUCUAUAAUAAUUCAGUUACCUCAGGAUGCCGGCUUUCGAAUUAACUUCCUUUCGGCUUCAUGCAAGAACUACACUGUAAAAAUGACUACUUAAGUAGCAUGAAUUUUUCCCAUUGAUUUUCGAUGCCCCUAAAUGCCCAAUUAUAUUUCAUGAAGACAUGCAUAAAAAUAUUCAUUCUUUUGUUCAUUCGGUAGAUCAAUACGUUUUCUUCUGAUUUUAUUCACGAAGGAGGGACAUAAUUCGGUUUGAAAAAGUUUCUAAUUGUGAGACUUAUAAAUACCUUGAAAUGGUCGUUCAUAAACUGUCAUCUCUCUCCAUUUACCAAUGUGGCUUGUAAAGUUAACUAUGUGGAUCUACUUUUCUGCUUAAUUUUAUGAAUCGUAUAUGGUCCCCCUUUAUUACCGUAGAGAAAUGUGAGGUUUACCAUACGCGGAAAAUAUGCGGCUUGUAGUUUUGUAACCCUAAAUCCAAGUCUGACGGUAGAGCGGAUUCAAAAUUAUUCUUGAAUUGGAAAUCAUUUUUAAAACCGAAUCAUAUUUCUCCUUCAAAUAUAAAAUUAGAAGAAGACGUAAUUUUCUACCGAAUGAGCAAAAGAAGGAAUAUUUGUAUGCGUGUUUUCCAUUAACUGCAAAUGGACUUUUAAAGGCAUCGAAAAUCAAAGAGGAAAAUGAAUGCUAGUUAAGUAGUCAUUUUUUACAGAGUGUAGUUUCUGCAUGCAGUCGAAAGGAAGUUCGUUCGAAAGCUGGGAUCCUGGGUAACUGACAUAUCAUAGGAUUAUGCUGCAGGCUGACUAGUUUUACAAUCCUACUUAAUUAAUCGUUUCGAAACUAAAACGCAUUUCGGAAUUUCGGUUGACAUUUCAUGAGUUAGCCCACCUGCUAUACCUUUUGCCGGUCCUUACGUUAUGAUUUGUUAGGCAGUAACGGUAGGUAACGUGGCUAGUAAUUGCGGGCACCGAUGUUUAUACAUUUUACUAUGAUAUUCGAGCCUUUGAGUCCGCUGAAUUGAUCAUCGGGGGUAGUUAAAAAUACAGCCUUCAAUUAUAAUUAUUGCGUGCUAGGUGUACCUAACGCCGUGAUCUGAUUAUUUCGCAAACUGGAUAAGUAAAAACCGUUUGCCUCCAAGACCCAUGCAAAGUUAGCAUUACCAGACUCUUUGUAUGCGUCUUUUAUCCUUAUUGUACAGCUCGAUGGACUUUGUCGAUCUGUGGCCAGAGUCGCCUUCGUUUACUUCCCGGAUCAGGCACGGUUUGUAGGCCUUCGGUUUGUGAUAAUUCAUCAGAGUGCAGUGAACUGUGGGUUGAUUGAUACCGAAUCGACAUGAAGUGUACCCCGCUCAUUAAGUCAGGUUUCGACUGACAUAGCAUUGCCGUGAAACUUUCCCGAUUUCAGUCUGAAACUUCGUUUCACAUUUUGGGACGAAGUUGCGAUUGUCUGUCAUGUACGAUUUUCCUUUCUAUCUUCACCGACCUUUGUCAUAAUUAGGCGUAGGCCUUAGUUCUCAGUGACUCAUGAAUUGAAAAAUAGGAGCUGGACCUGUGCUACUUGUGCACUCUUGAUCAUUUUAGAUGAAUUUAUUGGAUAAAUGAACCAUAAAAAUGGCUACACUUUAAUCACCUCGUCUUUUUAUUAUGAUGAAACUUCGAAUAAGCACAGAGCGAUUUCUAUGGAUCCGCCUGUUUUUUUCACCACAUGCUACUUGGCGCGGUGCAAGCAGGCAACCUCACCCCCCUCGCCUCGCCUCUAUUUAUUUCCUUGCUCUCCGUUCCCUGUGUAGGUGUCUCUCCACCAACUGUUCUCUACAUUUAGAAUGGCUUUCUUCGAAAGAUUCCUCACGAUUCAGGGACUAUGUGUCCUUCCAAAAGCAGCUACCGCUCAUACUAUUCCAGAAACAUCUUCGACACUCGUCGAAGACUCGCAGAUCUUAUCUGAACACCUCACCAUCUUUGUGCGUCAUGUUGGAGAAGCCGCAUCUCCUACUGUUUUCACCCUCAAGUACGACCUAGUUACCUCAGUUCAGGAAAGUAAUUCAGCCACCUCUCUCGGCUCAAUCACUCUCUACGGGGCGGUCGCUCGACGUGCUUACUGCAGCGGGAUCUUUCAAGUCGGCUCCACCUUGCUGCUAGAAUUACCUGGCACUGCGGAUGAAGGUGGCAUCACCACGAAGCCCACCCGACUGGUCUCAGUCACCCGCCUCGCACAACCCUUUGAGCGGAGACUGAGCACGUGUCGUCACCUGGUUGGCCUUUUCCGUUGUAAGGUUUUGAGCAUCGCUGAGGCCUCGUGGCUGCUGUGCUCUCUGUCGGACAGUUCGUGUUACCUCAGCCCCUCGGGCGACCACUUCCGCAUUAGUUUGCAGGUUAGCUACUAAGAAUUCCACGAAAUGGCUACUUAAUUUGUUUGCAGUAGCACAUUUUGUCAACGUUUCUCUUCUAGGGUCUAGUCGCUCGGUCGAUAAUGCGCCCGGAUAUCGACUCGCUCUUUAAGGGCAGUAUCUGGCUCGUUGAUCCCCUGCCAUCUACACCCUCCCCGCCCCAUCUCCGUGUGGAUUUCUUUUCCGACUCCGGCUUGUCAGAUCUAUGCCGGUUGCCGGCUCUCAGUCGAGUUUGCCUCUUUAAGGCUCGCGCUUACUGGAAUCACAGUGACUGCUCUUGGAGACUCGUCGUACCAUUGCGCCCCAAUCGAUUCCAGGUGGAUGCAAUUCCUUCAUUUAUCGCCUCCACGUGUGAGGGUUUUCCUUUUGAAUCCACUAUGGUGCAACAAGAGGAAGAAAAAGUGAGGGCAGACCCCUGUCCUCUGUGCUCCGUCAAAGUAGUGGUGACACAGCAGGCUAGCGAAUGCCGGUCGAUUCACGGCUUUGAUGCCCCCUCUUCUUCUGCUUCUUCGCCCUCCACCUUCUCCCUCCUAGCCUUUUGCAAAUCGGACUCUUCUGAAGACGCAAAAUUUUACUUUGUUAAUAUGCUGAAGUGUCUGCAACUUCGGAUUGCCUUCUCGAAGGGACUGGGUAAGUUCCGUUUCUCUUCGCGCACUGCCAUCGUUCUGGGGUUUUAA